UCUCUAUGAUCCACCCGAUAACGCCAAGAGAAGCUCCUGGAGAUAUCAAUUUACCGUAAACAAAAGAGAGGGGCGCGGACCCGGAAGAGGAAGCUGGAGCGGGGCGGGAGUAACUCGGAAGGCCGGCAGUGAGGGGGCCCGGCGGGUACAGUAGCUCCGAAGGCGGGCAGUGAGGGGCCCGGGGCAAAUCGUAGCCAUGGCGGUGGCCGUGGCCACGGCGGGAGCCGUACCCGGAACAGAGCUGGGCCCCGCGGAAGAACUAGCCAAACUCGAGUAUCUGUCUUUAGUGUCGAAGGUUUGCACUGAGCUGGACAAUCACUUGGGGAUCAACGACAAGGAUCUGGCUGAAUUUGUGAUCAGUCUUGCUGAGAAAAAUACCACCUUUGAUACUUUUAAGGCUUCACUGGUCAAAAAUGGUGCAGAAUUCACGGAUUCUCUUAUUAGUAACUUGCUGCGUCUCAUACAAACCAUGCGGCCUCCAACGAAGCCUUCCACAAGCAAAGAUCCAGUUGUUAAACCCAAAACUGAAAAAGAAAAGCUGAAGGAACUCUUUCCAGUCCUAUGUCAACCAGACAACCCUUCUGUUCGGACCAUGCUGGAUGAGGAUGAUGUGAAAGUCGCAGUGGAUGUCCUGAAAGAACUGGAGGCCUUGAUGCCCAGCGCAGCAGGCCAGGAGAAGCACAGAGACGCUGAGCACCGGGACAAGACAAAGAAGAAGAAGCGGAGCCGAGAGCGAGACCGCGAGCGAGACCGAGACCGCAAUAGAGACCACAAGCGGAGACACCGGUCCCGCUCUCGAUCACGUUCCCGGACCCGGGAGAGGAAUAAGGGAAAGUCUAGAUAUCGGUCCAGGAGCAGAAGUCAGAGUCCCCCCAGAGACCGGAAAGACCGAGACAAGUAUGGGGAGAGGAAUCUGGACAGAUGGCGGGAUAAGCAUGUGGACCGCCCUCCCCCAGAAGAGCCCGCCAUCGGGGACGUUUACAACGGCAAAGUUACCAGCAUCAUGCAGUUUGGAUGCUUUGUGCAGCUGGAGGGACUAAGGAAACGGUGGGAAGGCCUGGUGCACAUCUCUGAGCUCCGCCGGGAAGGCCGUGUGGCCAAUGUGGCUGAUGUGGUGAGCAAAGGCCAGAGGGUCAAGGUCAAAGUGCUGUCCUUCACUGGGACCAAGACCAGCUUGAGCAUGAAGGAUGUGGAUCAAGAGACUGGAGAAGAUCUAAACCCAAAUCGACGACGGAAUCUUGUUGGGGAGACCAACGAGGAGACCUCUAUGAGGAAUCCGGAUAGACCCACCCACCUCUCCCUCGUCAGUGCCCCUGAAGUAGAGGACGACUCGCUGGAGCGCAAGCGCCUUACCCGCAUUUCUGACCCGGAGAAGUGGGAGAUCAAGCAGAUGAUUGCUGCCAAUGUCCUUUCCAAAGAAGAGUUUCCAGACUUUGAUGAAGAGACUGGCAUUCUCCCUAAAGUGGAUGAUGAAGAAGAUGAGGACCUUGAGAUUGAACUGGUUGAGGAAGAGCCUCCAUUCCUGAGAGGGCACACCAAGCAAAGCAUGGACAUGAGCCCUAUCAAAAUUGUUAAGAACCCGGAUGGUUCCCUCUCCCAAGCAGCAAUGAUGCAGAGUGCCCUCGCCAAAGAAAGGCGGGAACUCAAGCAGGCCCAGCGGGAAGCAGAGAUGGAUUCUAUUCCCAUGGGACUCAACAAACAUUGGGUUGAUCCUCUGCCUGAUGCGGAAGGCAGGCAGAUUGCUGCCAACAUGAGGGGUAUUGGGAUGAUGCCCAAUGACAUUCCCGAGUGGAAGAAGCAUGCCUUUGGGGGCAACAAAGCUUCUUAUGGAAAAAAGACCCAGAUGUCAAUCAUUGAACAGAGAGAGAGCCUGCCCAUCUACAAACUGAAGGAGCAGCUGGUCCAGGCUGUCCAUGACAAUCAGAUCCUGAUUGUCAUCGGAGAGACAGGAUCUGGGAAGACAACGCAGAUCACCCAGUACCUGGCAGAGGCGGGCUACACUUCCAGGGGCAAGAUUGGAUGUACACAGCCCAGAAGAGUUGCGGCCAUGUCAGUGGCCAAAAGAGUGUCAGAGGAGUUUGGUUGUUGCUUAGGCCAAGAGGUGGGCUACACCAUUCGAUUUGAGGACUGCACCAGCCCCGAAACAGUUAUCAAGUACAUGACGGACGGGAUGUUGCUCCGAGAGUGCCUGAUUGACCCCGACCUCACUCAGUAUGCAAUCAUCAUGCUGGACGAGGCGCAUGAGAGAACAAUUCACACUGAUGUGCUCUUUGGAUUGUUGAAAAAGACGGUUCAGAAACGGCAGGACAUGAAGCUGAUUGUCACCUCAGCCACCUUGGAUGCGGUGAAGUUUUCUCAGUACUUCUAUGAAGCUCCCAUCUUCACCAUCCCAGGUCGAACAUACCCAGUAGAAAUAUUGUAUACAAAGGAACCUGAAACUGAUUAUCUGGAUGCCAGCUUGAUCACUGUCAUGCAGAUCCAUUUAACAGAACCACCAGGUGAUAUCCUGGUCUUCCUGACUGGUCAGGAAGAGAUUGAUACUGCUUGUGAGAUCCUGUAUGAAAGAAUGAAAUCCCUGGGACCCGAUGUUCCAGAGUUGAUUAUCCUUCCAGUGUACUCUGCUCUUCCCAGUGAGAUGCAGACCCGAAUCUUUGACCCAGCUCCACCUGGCAGCAGAAAGGUCGUGAUUGCCACCAACAUUGCGGAGACAUCACUGACUAUUGAUGGCAUUUACUAUGUGGUGGACCCUGGAUUCGUGAAGCAGAAAGUUUACAAUUCUAAGACAGGGAUCGACCAGCUCGUGGUAACUCCUAUUUCUCAGGCUCAGGCAAAGCAACGCGCUGGCAGAGCUGGGAGAACAGGCCCAGGGAAGUGUUACAGGCUGUACACAGAACGUGCCUACCGGGAUGAAAUGCUGACCACCAACGUGCCGGAAAUCCAGAGAACCAACUUAGCAAGCACAGUGCUCUCACUCAAGGCCAUGGGCAUCAAUGACCUGCUGUCCUUUGACUUUAUGGAUGCCCCGCCAAUGGAAACCUUGAUCACAGCCAUGGAGCAGCUAUACACGUUGGGGGCCCUGGACGACGAGGGCCUACUUACUCGCCUGGGCCGCAGGAUGGCAGAGUUCCCUCUGGAGCCAAUGCUGUGCAAAAUGCUGAUCAUGUCUGUGCAUCUAGGCUGCAGUGAGGAAAUGCUGACCAUUGUGUCCAUGCUGUCUGUGCAGAACGUCUUCUACAGGCCCAAGGAUAAACAAGCCCUUGCAGAUCAGAAGAAGGCCAAAUUCCACCAGACCGAAGGGGACCACCUCACCCUGCUGGCCGUGUACAACUCCUGGAAGAACAAUAAGUUCUCCAACCCGUGGUGCUAUGAGAACUUUAUCCAGGCUCGUUCUCUGCGCCGGGCCCAGGACAUUCGCAAGCAGAUGUUGGGCAUAAUGGACAGACACAAGCUGGAUGUGGUCUCCUGUGGUAAGUCCACAGUCCGAGUGCAGAAGGCCAUCUGCAGCGGAUUCUUCCGGAACGCUGCCAAGAAAGACCCACAGGAGGGUUACCGGACGCUGAUCGACCAGCAAGUGGUCUACAUCCAUCCUUCCAGUGCUCUCUUCAACAGACAGCCCGAAUGGGUGGUGUACCACGAGCUGGUGCUGACCACGAAGGAGUACAUGCGUGAGGUCACCACCAUUGACCCCCGGUGGCUUGUGGAGUUUGCUCCAGCCUUCUUCAAGGUCUCUGACCCGACCAAGCUAAGCAAGCAGAAGAAGCAGCAACGACUUGAACCCUUGUACAACCGCUAUGAGGAACCCAACGCCUGGCGAAUAUCCCGAGCCUUCCGGCGGCGCUGAAAGGCAAGAGUCUGUUUGUCUCUUCUGCAGCAGUGGGCCAGGGCUUGGCCUCGCUCUUACUGAUGAAAAGCUGAUCCUGAGGAUACAGCUGUCCAGUGACUGACUAUCUUAACUGGGCAUUUCCUAAACUUGUCUCCCAUUUCUUCCCUGGUGGUAAAAUAGAAACAGGGAUUUACACCUGGUUUGAUCAGAGCCUCCAAGCCCCACCACCCCAAGGCACUCAGCCAGGGCUCACAGCCAACAUGGGAGUACACUGCAUCAUCUCCAAGAAAGGGGAAACUUCUGCAGCCCUCGGAUGGGAAAGGGGAGUCAUGAGCAUCUGGUACCUGGACUCAGUGAGGGCCCUGAUGCCCUAGCUGGUACUCUGGAGGAGGGAGCCACAAAGCUCACUGAAAGUGUUGGCCCCCCCGCUUCCUGCCCCUGUCCAGCCCCUGUACUUUUGCUUAACCUCCUGCAAAUAUUUAUUUUCUUAAGGAAACAAAA